CUAGAGAGGGUUGGAGGGAGCCAGAGGCCAUUUCCUGAGGCGGCCUUCCUCCUCCUCCCUCUCCCAGCGGGCGGUUGCUAUGGCAACUCCCUGGGCCAAGGACGCCUAGCCAGCUGUUGGAAAGAGAGGCUUCCGCCUUCUGUGGCUGCAAAUCCAGCUCCUUGUCUGGAGAGAGGUCAGAGCCAGCCAUCAUAAAAAUGAGCUGUGCCUAUUGAAAUGUUUGGAUGUGAAUUACAGGAAGAUCAAAUUCUGACCUAGCAGCAGCAGCAGCAAUAAAAUGGGUAAAGAAAAGAAGAAAGACAGUAAAAAAGGAGAAAAGGCUGUACCUCCGCCUACAAACAACGUUUCUCUUGACGUUGGUAGUUCUGUACAGAACAUUCUGCCGGCGUCAAAUCUUGGGGAAGAACAGGUUUCCGGCCAGUUGACUCUGAAAGAAGAAGUGAAAGAGGCCGAGGCACUUCCAGUCCCUGAACCCAUUGAGUACGAGGAGCCCAUUCUCACCCAACUGAUUGUUGAAAGGUAUGAAGGAGAAAAAGUCCGUGGGUUGUAUGAAGGAGAGGGAGUAGCAUAUUUUCAAGGAGGCAAUGUAUACAAGGGCAUGUUUUCGGAAGGCCUCAUGCAUGGCCGAGGAACUUAUACAUGGGCCGAUGGAGUGCAGUUUGAGGGAAAUUUUGUAAAGAACCUGCCGAUGCAUCACGGCAGGUACACUUGGCCUGAUGGUAGCAUUUAUGAAGGCGAAGUGAAGAACGGGAUCAGGCACGGCUUUGGCAUGUACAAGUGUGGCACCUACCCUGUUUCGUAUAUCGGCCAGUGGGUUGAAGGCAAGAGGCACGGCAAGGGUACCAUUUACUACAACACAGAAAGUUCUUCCUGGUAUGAAGGUGACUUUGUUUACAAUGUAAAAAGCGGAUGGGGAAUAAGGUGUUAUAAAUCUGGAGAUAUUUAUGAAGGCCAGUGGGAGAGGGACAUGCGUCACGGAGAAGGGCGGAUGAGGUGGUUAACAACUAACCAGGAGUAUACUGGAAAGUGGGUUAACGGCAUACAGCAUGGAUUUGGUACCCACACUUGGUAUCUGAAGAGAAUACCUGGAUCACAGUAUCCCCUAAGGAACGAAUAUGUGGGAGACUUUGUCAAUGCAGAUCGCCACGGGACUGGAAAAUUUUUCUUUGCCAGCGGAGCAAUGUAUGAUGGAGAAUGGGUUUCCAAUCAGAAGCAUGGCAUGGGUAAACUUGUAUUCAAGAAUGGACGUGUGUAUGAAGGUGAAUUUAUAUAUGAUCAUAUAGCAGAAUAUCCAGAUUUUCACAUUGACAUCAUGAAUACACAAGAUCUGAGUGGCAUUCCAACAAAGGCUCCUUUUGGUACUGAGAGUAUCAAAGUUGUUGAUGGCACAGGAGAUUCAUCUGCACUGGGAUCAAACAUUGAAAUAGAUAUAUCAACAUUGUUGGCUAUAUUUCCAAAGGAAGAAAAGGAAGAAGAAAUCAAACAGACAGAGUUUGCUGUCCUGAGACACAUCUCAGAACUCCGGAGAAUCUACACCUUUUACAGCAGCUUAGGAUAUGACCAUUCUCUCGACAACACAUUCCUGAUGACAAAGCUUCAGUUCUGGCGAUUCUUAAAGGACUGCAAGUUUCAUCACUGCAACCUUACGCUUGCUGACAUGGACAGGAUCCUGAACGAUAAAACUUUACUCGAAGAGAUCCAUUCUCCCUACGAGACCUUGCUGCUUAGAAUGUUUUUGACAUACCUCAUUUAUUUAUCAUUCCACAUCUACCAUAAAGAGUUUAAUGAUAAAAGUCCACGCCUGUUCAAGUGCUUUUCCAAAUUGAUGCAACAGAACAUCAAUCCCAAUGCUUGCCAAAUAAAAGGUGCCUUGUUUAGUGACCGGCAACAAGCAGUCUACGCGAUCAAUUACAUCGACAAGUGCUGGGAGAUCUAUGGGGCUUUUUGUAGACCAAACUCUGUAGCUCCUUAUGAACCUACCAUGAAGAUGAGGCACUUCCUUUGGAUGCUGAAAGAUUUAAAGCUCAUAAGCAAGCAACUGACAGCUACCAAAGUUGUUAAUAUUCUAGCCAAAGACAACCCUUACGUCUGCGAUGGCGAAGACACUAACUUGGAACACGAGCUCGUUUUCCUUGAAUUUUUCGAAGCCCUCCUGGAUUGUGCUCCGAUCUAUGUCACGGAUGAGAUGCUCAAACAACAAGCGGAAAAGGCCAGCUCAGGAAGUUCUUAUAUAGCAGAGCACUACACAGAAGGGCCCGGGGUUUCUCCUUACCUUCUGGAUUUGUCCUCUGGUCAGUCUUUUCAAACUAGAACCACAACCAGCGGCGAAGGGAGCAACGAGACAUCAGAUGUCGUCAGCCUUCGCCGCGUCACUUCCAGGUCUUGUGCGAGCAGGAUUGUGCAUUUCGUCGACGUUAGUAAGACGAAGAAGUCUGAGAAGGGAAAAAUCAAGGAUGGAAAAAAAGAGGAGGAAGCAUCUCGGCCUGGUUCAAAAUCCCUCAACAGAGAGAAAGCUGCCUCUCCUCAGUCAGCCACGGCCGGGAACAUCACCUUCCUCCCUACUGUGGACAACACAGAUGAAGAGUCUGUUCACACUCUGAAAAGCGCGGAGAUGGAGCAAGGGAUGAUCCUGGGUGCUUCCAUGAAGGAAUUCGCAGAUACACUCCAAAGGGCCAAAAACGAACAGAAGGACAAGCUCAAUUUGUGGAUGAGUCAGAUCUACAUUUUCUUUGCCAACAAAUUCUUUGCUGGCUACAAGUACCUGCAGGUGGUGCAGGCGACGGUUUCUGACAACAGGAUCCAGGAGGUGGAACGGCGUGAGCUGAGGAAGGUCCAAGAGGAGGAGGAAGAAGCAAAGCUCAAUGCUAUGAGGGAGGCAGAAGAAGCCAGAAAGCUGGAAGAAGCUCAAGCUGCCGCAGAAAAAGCUGCUUUAGAGCUUGAAGAAAGUAUGAGCAGAGAACAGGAAGAAGCGUCUAUACAGAUACAGUCUCCCCCAAAGGAAGAAUCUCCUGUGCCAGCCCCAGUGCCGCCAAGUACCAAGACAACCACCGGAGGGAAGAAGAAGAAAAAAGCGUAGAGUGGUCAUCAGAGCCUGAAAGCUGCAAUACAUUAUGUUAGCAAUAAAGUGUUAGGAGAUGAAUUCAUUUGUAAUACCUUUCCUCUGCAAUCAUUUAAAAAGCCUAGAGCGGUUUCUGGGCACUUCCAAACAUAACAUAGGCAACCUUAUUUAGGCUGCAAUCAGAUGCACACUUAUCGGAGAAUAACCCCACUGAAUUAUAGAUAGGUAUAGGAUACAAAUGCAAGUGCAGGCAAUACCUUUAUAGACCACUCAAAAAAAUAAUCGUAUAAUUUGCAAGCUUUUGUGGAUCAGG